GUGACGUCAUGAAAUCGAGGUCACAGCGCGAAUUGAAAGAGCACCACAACACUUCUCAAUAAUCGUCAACACAAAAGCAAGAUGCCCGAAAAAGCAGCCCCCGCCAAGAGCCGCUAUGCGACGCGAAUGAAGGAAGCCGUGGGCGCUGCCAAGGCCCGUAAUCGCAGUUCCGACCUGGUGAAGCUCAAUGACGCCUAUGUGGCGUUUACCAAGAAACUCAAGGGCUUGAUCAUCGUCCUCAAAGAUCAUCACAAGAACAUGAUGGCAUUGUCCAAGACAAGGCUAGCAGUUGCCAAGGAAGUUGCCAAACUAGCGGAACGUUCUCCCCUCUACGACUGCACCACAGAGCUACCAUCUCCCGAGCGACCUGCGGAUCAAGUCUGUUCGUAUGUUUCCAUCCACUCCAAAGUGGCCGACAAAUCAAAGUCCUACAUUUCCAAGUACGCUCAGUUCGUGGUGGAAUAUGUGAUUGAAUGGGAAAAGGUAGUGACGGCUAGAAUAACCGUGGGCUUGAAAAAGGCCGAAGGAUUGCGCGUCGAUUUGGAUCAUUACCAACAAAAAGUAGAAACGCUCCGUCAAUCGGCCAACCAGGCAUUGGCCAAGGGGAAAAUGGUCGAUAGCAAAAGUGCCGAUCGUCUCAGUCGGAACGAAGAAAAAUUCAUGAAAUCCAAGCAGGAAUACGAUCUUUUUGCCACUGAUUUGUGCAUUUUAAUGGAAGAAGUCACGGAGCGAUCCUGGAGAGACUUGCAUCCCCUUUUGAUCAAGCUGGCACAGUUUGACAUGACAAUGAGCGACGACGAAUCCAAAAUGAUGGGACAAAUGAGUCAGGUCGUCAAGGAACUCAAGGAUGUCGCCAAAAAGAAUGGACUCUCGCCUCAGCCUCGUCUCAAAGAGAUUGAACACCAAAAGCCGGAAUUAUUGAAUACCCGAGGAUCGGGAGGGGAUAAUCGAAUCGAAGCCGGUGGAGCCAGGAAUGAAUCAGUCAAUGGAGAUCCAUUUUCGUCAGCAACCCCUCUUGCGAUGCCUCCGGGAUCCGUGGCGCCCCAGGGAUUGGGAGGGUUCCCUGUACAAGUUGCUAGCAGCAGUGACGACGUUCGGGCUCGUACCACUUCGUAUGAUUCGACUCAUAGCGGGUUUUCGCAACCACAAAGGACCAUGAGACCGGCUCCAGUUUCAGGAGGGGCUCCUUCCACCAAUGAUAUUUUGAAAAUGUCUUCCUCGGCGGCGCCACCUCCUACCAUGGAUCAAGUGAAUGCAUCCUUCAACUCGAGUGCUGGCGGCUUGCCCCCGUUGGGUCCCAGUGGUGGUGGCAGUGCCUAUGGUGGAGUUGGUGGCGGCGGUGGUGGCAGUGUUUACGGCGGAAGUGCCUAUGGAGGAAGCGCCUAUGAUGAUGGCCUUUCGGUGUAUUCGGGAGCCAGUGCUCCAGCUCCGGCCGCUCCUCCUCCGCCCCCUCCAUCGGCACCUCCACCGCCCCCUCCCUCCAUGAGCAUGUACUCGCAGCCACCACCUGCUCCCGCACAGCCAUCUUGGAACUCCUACCCGCAACAACCAUCCUAUCCACCACCCAACAACAACACGAAUGCAUUCGGAGCACCACCAGCCCCGUAUGGGGCGCCCCCACAGGGUAACCCCAAUCCGUUCGGCCCACCACCACCGACACAGCAAAACUUUGGCCAGCCUUCCUACGGAAUGCCGCAGCAACAAUACGGACAACCUCCAGCGCCGUAUGGCGGAGGAAAACCACAGAGAGGCACGCCCCUUAACAGUACGAACCCAUUUGAUGAUUAAGCAAAAGGAACACAAAGGGGUUGUCAUUGGACUUUAGGAAAUAGUCACGACCCAGUAGCAAGCAUGUUGCUUCUAGUAAUUUAAAGUACAAUUGUAAAGGUGUAACUCGUUGCGAGUGACGAUGAACCCGAUGUUAAUGCAUUUUCCUCCUUUGCUGCGAAUUGUUGUGAAUUAGUUCCGACCGGGUCCUUUGGAAGCCGCCAGAGUCGAGUCAAGUUUCAAACUUGUCGAAGUGCUUUCAGUCACGCGUUAUUGGUCGCGGACCCAUGAGCUGCGGUUCAGCAAUGUCAAUUAUUCUAGCAGUGUGCUGCUUCACUGCCUCAUCUUCUUCGUCAUUGUAGUCAUCAACAAGGUUUUCCUCAUUUCAGCGUUCGUCUUGUGCUAUCGGUACCGUCUCAGGCGACGGUUCGGCAAUGUCGAUAAUCCUAUGUUGGUGCAACGUUGCUGCCUGCCCUUCCAAGGCUUCUUGUUCCACAUCAUAAUCACAGAAACUAUCGUCUGAGUGUCGGGCCGAACUUUGCCCCCCAAUCACGUCUGCUGGCAGCUCCAACACAAUCUGAUGCUGUGGAUCACUGAAGGAGAGCAUGUCCGUACCAGUAGUGGUGCGGCCGUGAUCAUGAUGAGAAGUUGCGUCGAGCCUCUCCCACGCCUCUAGAUCCUUCUUGAGUUGCUUCACUUCGUCGUCCAACCUAAACCGACUUCGUUUCUUGCUCUUGCCAAAACUCAAGCUACUGCAGACUGAGCCUGCUGUGUCUCGAAUCUGAGUGGUUGUUGACUUGAAGGUGUUGGUGAUAUAUGAUGCACCGUCAUCAUCGUCGUAGUUUCCAUCAACAUCACAGCAGCCACAAUAGAAAUGUUUUACACAAUCCCAAAUAUCAGGCUUCCACAGAGUAAUCAUGGCUGACACAGCGGCUUGAAAAUGCCCCCAAGUAGCCCCGCUCCAUUGAGCCCAACUGUGAGUCAAUGGUCCAAUCAGAUAGAGCAAGAUGAAGGUUGGUGUCCACAUCACAACAAAGGCAAGGGAAAGCCUGAAAAAGUAGAUUGUCAGAGUCCUUCGUCUUCCUUCUGGAGGAAGUAGGUUUCCUCUAAAGAGUGCCCAAAAGACAUAGGCAACAAUGCCCAACGGAAUUAGCAUAAUGGCAGGAAGAUAGAUGGCAUAGAAGAAGGCAAUGCUUCCAUGGCUGAAUGGUUGAGGUAUGCACAUGGCACCCAUAGUCAGACGGGUCUUGUGUGGCCACCAGUCCCAACCAAGAGCAUCCGGGACAAUUCCCCAUAGUCCAACAAAGGCGCUACCUGCGUACACUGUGAAGGCUUGGAUUGUCACUUGUUUGUGGGUAGGUGGUUGGUACCUACGAAAGGUUUGUGAUGACUUGAGCAUCUUGAGCAGCUGCAGGGCUACUAAUGCAUUCAACCACAGAUUGCUGCUAAACAUGAUGACAGUGUAGAAGGACUGAAAGUAGCAGGCAAAUGCAGAGUCAACGUAGUGGCCUGCCAAAUAGUUGGCCAAGCAGUUGGAAGCACAGGCGAACGUCAUGAAUGCAUCAGGGAUCAUCAGGUAGAUCAAGUAGAGAUUGAAAGGUGAACGGCGUGUCUUGGGGGUAAACAUAAUGGGGACCAAGACUGAAAUGGUAAACACGGCAACACUGAAGAAGAUAAUAGUCCAUGCCAACCACAUCAUUUGAAGAUUCUCGUCAGAAGGAGCUGCUGCCACAGCAUCAUAGUAGGUAGUGUUGCUGUCGAGCUCCCAUGUGCGGAUCAAGGGUUCAUCGAAAGGACCGUACUCAAUGGUCGGUCCUGUGCUGUUUGCCUCAGUGUCAGUGGUUUCCAAGGAGCGCAGCAUCGUUGAAUAGGAGAGAUUUGAGAUUUUGCAGAUAUCAAGAAGCUAGCCAAGCUUGUCACCAAAUAUUCUUUUGAUUUUUCGUUUGUAUGGAAGCAACAGCCAAGCAACGUCCUUCGUGGAUGGCGGUGCUGGGGCUGAUCUUCUUUGCAUCUGACUCUUUGAGCUUCAGCUGUGCUUCCCACCUUGCCCCUUAAAGCUUAGCUUGCAUGGGAAUGAACAGGAAGAAUAUCCGAUUCUAUUUAGAAGGAGCCUUUUCCAACAGCGAAUCUUAAUUGAUUACUGCAAUUAUGCAUACAAAAGCAAAAUAAAU